AUGUCACCUGCAGACUUUCCAACGAGGCUAGCUGAUCUCACAUUGAAUGACGCCAGCCUCAAUCCGUCCUUGUAUGCCAGCCUUAGAUCGAUUCGCAAGUCUACGCUGUCGAUCACGAACCGUCUCAACUCUGUUUUAGCCGACGCCAAAUUCGCCAAGCAAGUAUCUGAACACUAUCAACUGCCGUUGGUCGCCAACGAGAGGUGCGGCAGCUGGUAUAUAGAACCGAGAGAUAAAGUUGGCAGUGCUUACUUCAAAAGUACGGAUGGGCAUCACGGACAGUGGGACUUCUCGCUGCGGAGACUGAAUCUUCAGCUCCUCCCGCUACUAGGACAGCAUGGUGGCGCUAUAGUGGUGGAUUCUACCCGGCGAGGCAAGAAUCUGCCAGAUGCGUUCAGUAAGACUGUGCCUAUAUGGGUGGCAGUGAUUAACAGAGUGCUCUUUCCCGAACUCCCUUCGACCCACAGUCUGCAGCACCCACCUCCGCCGGAUGACUUGGGCCUGUCUGAGAUAUCACAGAUCGAGGCGCGUCUGGCAGGGUUUGCACGGUCUUUCAAAGCGCUAGGGCUGGAUGCGGCAAACCUUCGCAACCAGCUGAAGUGUCCAAUCCGAAUUGAAUGGGCCAUAAAUGGUCGAUUUACUGGCGAAGAUGAGUUUAACGAGGCCGAGACUGGAGACAAUGUUGAGAAAUGGAAUCACUUGGUUCUCUGCUCAGCGUCUCGCCGGGUCCAUGGCGCAGAAGUGUCUGAAGGCGGUUACAUCCAGGGAGCUGGUGACGACCAUGAGGGAUGGGCGCAUGGCCUUACCGCGCAACUGUUCUGGAAGUACAAAGACGAGCUGCUACAGACGCCAGAAGCCGAUCUUCCCAGUUUGAUUGAAGAGUUGCUCGGCCGCUGCGUGGACGAAAAUGCCGGCGGUUCCGAGUUCACAAGAAUCGACCCAACUUCAAACAUUCAUAUCAAAGUUGGACCCGCCUCUGGUCUCGACGCGUUCGAUCUCAUCAUCAAUUGUGAAGGAGAUGUCCCUCCGUCAACUAGACAAUUGGAUUUGAAAUGUCGAUCGGGAAAAUUAGGGAGCAAGGACCUUCGGGAUAAGCUGGGGUUGGUCACUGACACUGUCCGAGCACAGCUCAACAAGAACAAAGACAGCCAAAUAUUGGUCACCUGUUCCAACGGGAAAGACCUUUCUGCUGGUGUUGCGGUUGCAAUUUUAUGUCUCUUCUACGACGACAAAGGUCGAGUACGGGAGGACAACAUCACCCCUAGCGUUGACAAGCAGCUUGUUAAACAGCGGUUAGCCUGGAUCACAUACUCGAAAGCAGAUGUUAAUCCUUCGAGGGCUACAUUGCAGGCCGUCAAUUAUGUUCUGAUGCAACGCCCUGACUGA